AUGACAAUCUUGGUGUGUAUGCGCAUUGCGAGGCAGCUUGUGCUUAGCGCGAGCCCGAUCGCGACUAUCACUCGAUUUGCUGUUCGUAACCAUGGUGUUGAAGUGGGAGUUGACGCCACCUCUGCCGCGCUGCUCAGCAGAGAAGACAAUUGGCUAGAGGGCACGAUCAUCUCUGGCGUAGCGUGGGAAGCUUAG